AUGCAGCUGCUUCCCUUGACCUUCGUAUUCGUUCGCCUUGCUUUCAUCCUACUCAAACACGCCAUCAACAAGAUGCAAAACCAAAGCAAUGCACCUUUUCCUUUCAUGGAGCUACCACCAGAGCUACGGGACAUGGUCUAUGAAAACCUAUUGGAGGAUCCUCAUUACCCACCGCCUCGACCAUGCCCCAAGACUCGCGGCCCCAGCUGGCUACCAAGCAUGCCUCAAAUCGGGUCUACAGAUGCUGAGACUACGCGCCACAAGAGCAACCUUCUGUUCCUAGCCAACAAACAGAUCUAUUCCGAGUACAUGGAUAUCAUGUGCAAGAAGACUACAUUCCACAUGACGGUCGCUCCGCACAACUACACGCCACCUGCCACACCCGCCGAAGAAGAGAAAGAUAUCUGGCAGAUUUCGCCCCAGGUACUCAAGCAAAUGAAGAGAUGCGACAUUAAACUCGUCACUACGAGUACCAUGCUCGGGGUUUCGGACCCGCGCAACAUGAAACCGGAAGAAUGGGCGCUGGCCCGCCAGAUGCGUCGUCAACUCUCCGAAGUUGAAAACAUAUCUGAGCUCAACCUGCACGUCAAAGCUAUCGGCGACCCUCUAUGGAACCCGCUUUGGGUCUGGUACCAUGCAACCCAAGCACUCAGGGGAAUGGGCUCCGCAGAAAACGACAAUGACUGGGCGAAGGUUGAGGUUGUCGGCGCCGAGAUCCAGCCCUCUAAGCUCGACCAAAGUGCAGAGAUCAAAGGCAUCACAUCAACUAGUCCGGCAUCAUCUGGGCCCAAGUUCAACCGCAUUACCUUUUCCCUCGACAUGUGGUCGCCGGGCGAAAACUACCUCAUGCGCGACCCAGCAAGCAACAACCAAUGGGCAUGGUGGUGUCUAAAGGGCCACUGCGUAGGCCAAGUUGGCUCAGAGUUGACGGUCCGCCAGUUCUGCAGCUGGCUGUAUGAUUGUCCGACGUGCUACUCCGAAGAGAACGAAGACGAGUGA